AUGAAGACAGCAGUGACCCUCCUGGCUCUCUCACUCCUUCACCUCUGCUCCUCAGUCUCCAUCAGCCGCCCCACCAAUGGGCUCAGACUAUGUCGAGCCUCUUCUGACACCCCCAUCACCGCUCUGGAGGUGCUGCCUGGUGGAGGCUGGGACAACCUGCGUAACAUGGACAUGGGCCGAGUCAUGAACAUGAGCUACUUCCAGUGCCAGACCACUGAGGACGGGAUCUACCUCAUCCCAGAUGAGGUGUUUGUCAUCCCCGACAAGGAAACGGGCGUCGAGACCAACUCAGAGAUAAUCAGCUCCUGGCAGGAGCAGAAGAGCUCAACAUCAAACUCCAUCAAUGUUGAGGUCUCUUUUUUCUCCAAGCUAAAUGCCAAAUUUUCUAAAGAAAACACAAGGAUGAAAACCCAUCAGGUCAAAGACUCUUCAACUACAGCCAGAGUGCAGAUUCGUAACCUGAUCUACACAGUAAAGGCUUAUCCAGACUUCACUCUGGACACUUGCUUUGCACAACGAGUCAAAGAAAUCGCCAGCGCCGUUGAGAACAACCAAACAAGACAUGCAAACUACCUUUCAGAGAUGAUGGUUCUGGAUUAUGGGACCCAUGUAGUUACAAGUGUUGAUGCUGGGGCUGCUUUGGUUCAGGAAGACUACCUCCACUCGUCAUAUGUGUCGGACAGUAAGUCAGACAGUUCAAGCAUCAAGGCACAGGCAGGGCUGAACUUUUUUGACAAAGUCAAGUUUGACAUAAGUAGUAAUAGCACCCACCAGAGCUCCUCACUUAAGAAGUACCAGUCCAAUAUCUCAUACUCUCUCAUCCAAAGCCAUGGUGGCAUUCCUUUCUAUCCUGGCAUCACUCUGCAGAAGUGGCAGGAAAGUAUCAAGAACAACCUAGUUGCUAUUGAUCGCUCUGGAUUUCCUCUGCACUUCUUCAUAAACACCAACACCCUCCCUGAUCUGCCACAGCCCACCACUGAGAAAGUUGCUCUCUCUGUGAAUCAGGCCAUAGAGCGAUACUACAAGAUCAACAUGAGGCCAGGCUGUGUGGACGUCAACUCCAAAAACUUCAACUUCCAAGCCAACAUAGAUGAUUCUUCCUGUGAGGGGCCUGCUACAAACCUCAGCUUUGGUGGGGUCUACCAAGAGUGUCAUCCAAUCAGCUCAGAUGCAGGCCCUCUAUGUGACACUCUAGCCCAGAGAAACCCUGACACAGGUGAUUUCUCCUGUCGUCCUCCUUACACCUCCACUUUACUUAGAUCAGAAGUGAGACAGCAGGGUUACACUUCACACUUUUGCUGGUUAAAAAAAUUAUGUUUUGACAUUCAUUAUGUUCGCUCUGCACACAUUAACACCUACUGGUGCUCUGUAAAUGGAGAAGCCCCAGAAAACUCAGGGUAUCUGUUUGGAGGGAUUUACAGCCCCUCUCUUCUGAACCCCCUCACCAAUGCAAAAAACUGCCCUCAAAGCUUCAUUCCAGUCAAGUUUCUGUCUGAUGGACAGGUGAUCUGUCUGAGCAAAGACUACGAGGCUGGCAGUAGAUUCGCAGUGCCGUUUGGAGGCCUCUUCAGUUGUCAGUCAGGCAACCCACUAGCCAGUUUCCAAAACCGCUGCCCUCUCACUUUCAGUCAGCAUCUUGCUUCAGUGAGCGAUGGCUGUGAAAUCCUUUACUGUGUCCAGUCAGGGCUGUUCACAGCAGGGCAGCUACUUCCGGUUCAUCUGCCUCCAUUUACUAAACCUCCACUUGUCAGCAUGCAGGCUGACAAUAAAGUGAUGGUGAUGACUGACGGAGAUAAGAACUGGGUCAGAAUAGGGCAGUCCAAGUCAUGGAAACUGGUGAAACAAGAGGAAAUCAAGGAAAUCAUGCAAAAGCUCAACCCAGGACCGGAUGAGAUGUCGAGUGGAGAGAAAGCUGGGGUAGCGUUCGGGUUGAUUGGGAUGAUGGUGCUGGUGGUGGUGGUGGUAGUCCUGGUGAAGAGAAGGAGGGGGCUGUCUGGGUUUAGGGCAGCUAGAGGCUAUGAAGAAUUACGUGGAGGAGCUGUACAACAUGAGGAAGAGAGGGUGACAGAGCAAGAUGAGGUCUGA